AUGUCUACUACAAGACAAGCUGUUGUACGUGAAGUUAUCAAAAUGGCAAAAAUUAAUCUUCGUCAUCAUGAACUAGUCAAAAUUCAUGAUAUUAUCAUAAUAAAUAUAAAUGAUGUUAAUAAUCAAGAUCUUGAUGAUUCGUGUUGGCAUUUACUGAGAAUAUCCACUGUCGAUAUCAUACUUUUUCUCAAUGAAACAAAUACUAGUGAAUUUAAUUUACAAUAUCCACCAGUUGAAUCAACACUUCGUGUACGACAACAGAUUGACGCAGUUCUCAAUCAUGAGACAUAUCCACCCAAAGUUGUAAUAAAAACUUCUAUUGACAAAGCAACUCUAUCAAAAGAUUAUUUUCUUCAAUGCAAUUCACGUGGUAAUCCAUUGCCCCGUUUACUUUGGAGUAAAACAAACGAUACAUUAGAAUAUUAUCCAUUAUCUAAACAGUGUAAAACAUCAUGCCGGAUAUAUUCAGUACAACAUAAAUAUCAAUCGUUUCUAUAUUUCCGAUCGUUAACACUUGAUGAUAUUGGCAUUUAUAUUUGUCAUGCAGAAAACCCACUAAAUCGAACGAUGGCUACUGUUGAUUUAACUAUUGGUCAUCAACAUCAACCAAAUAUAAAUCCUGCAUGUUCUAGUUUAAAAUUUUGUCACAAUCACGGACAAUGCAUUAUAUUUAAUAGUCAAACAAAAUGUUUGUGUAAAGAACCGUAUUUCGGUGAACAAUGUGAAACAACCUAUGAUGAUAUUAAACAGAAACAAGAUGCUGCUAUUCUUUUAUUUAAAUCUCGAUUUUUGGCUGGCUGUAUACUUUUUUCUGUUGGCUUUUUACUUGUAUUAAUUGUAUUCGUUUCAUGGUUUUUGGCAAGAAAUAAUAGGCAACAACGAAAAAAAUUGGAAAAGAAAUUAUUAGAAAAAACAUCAGCUGAAAAACCACUUAUUGUACCUGCGAAAGAAAACAAACCUUCGACAGGAAACAAUGUUACCAUUCCAUCAUUGACUACAACUGAACCAAUUACCAAACCUUCUACUCCUCCUUCACCACUUCCGCCUUCAGCUAAUGUUCACAUUAGUCCUCCGUCAAUAUUAGAAAAAAAUCCAUUGAUACAUUCUUCAAUCCGACCAGCUAAUGUUUCAACAACACUAACAAGAGAACCAUCGACUGCAACAGAUGACGAUGAUGAUGAUGGUGAUGGGUUAAAUAGUUUUCUGCGUCAUUAUCAAACACUACCACCUGUACCCACAACGGUCAAUGAAGACUACGAAGAGCGUUUUAGUUUAAGAAUGAAUAAAUCCGAAGAACUCGGCCUUGGCUAUUUAACAAAUGGAACAAGUACGAAUGAACCUGCAAUUUUACAUAGUUAUGCUAAUUUUUAUCAACCUGAUCAACAAACUGGCCUUAUUAAACCAUUAGAUCUAAGAAAAGACCCACCGCAGCGAUACACAAAAUAUGUUUCGUCAUAUAGUAAAUUUGUUUUACCUCGACCAGUUAAAUCAUCAUCGUUAGAAUAUCAACAAUGA